CCACAAACGUCACACUUCCGGUUCCACCUCGCAGUACUUUAGCUACACCGACGGCGGGAAGUUAUUAUCAUCAAUUUAACUACAUUUCACCAAGGAUUAAACAGGCAAAUUUAUUAACGGUCGACAGUUCACUACCUAAUGUUGAUGGAUCUGUAGCCGGAUAAACGCAAAAAAUUAAAGAAAGCAUAGUGGUGGUGGAUUCAGCUAACAUGGCUACCGUCGGAAACCAGCUACCAACGCAGGCCGUUAGCAAGCCUACAUCUGGAAAACAUGGAAACGUACUGCCCCUGUGGGGCAACGAAAAGACUAUGAACCUUAACCCAAUGAUUCUUACCAACGUGCUGUCUUCGCCGUAUUUCAAAGUACAGCUUUAUGAGCUAAAGACCUACCAUGAAGUUGUGGACGAAAUCUAUUUCAAGGUGACUCACAUUGAGCCCUGGGAAAAAGGAAGCAGAAAGACUGCAGGCCAGACUGGAAUGUGCGGAGGGGUACGCGGAGUAGGCACGGGUGGGAUUGUUUCUACUGCUUUCUGUCUUCUAUACAAACUGUUUACUCUCAAGCUGACUCGCAAACAGCUCAUGGGCCUGAUUACACACACAGACUCUCCGUACAUCCGAGCCCUUGGUUUCAUGUAUAUAAGAUACACUCAGCCCCCAACAGAUUUGUUUGAAUGGUAUGACGGCUUCCUGGAUGAUGAGGAGGAGCUCGACGUAAAAGCAGGAGGUGGUUGUGUGAUGACCAUUGGAGAAAUGCUGCGCUCCUUCCUGACCAAACUGGAGUGGUUUUCCACACUGUUCCCCCGUAUCCCAGUGCCUGUGCAAAAAGUUAUUGACCAGCAAAUCAAGGCAAGGCCACGGAAGGUACCUCAGAAGGAGACGCAAGAGGACGAGGACGGGUUUGCAGAGUCGGGAAGGCAAGGAGAACGCCGGCGCUCCAGGACACCCAGGCGGACACCGAGCCCCCGUAGGUCGCCCAAGCGGUCCAGGAGCAGGAGCCACCAUCGCGAGAGAGAGCGCCACGGGCCCAGCUUUGAUCGAGAGCUGGAGAGAGAGCGUGACCGGCAGAGGAAGGAGAGGGAAGGCAGGGACCGAGACAGGGAGAGGGGGGACCGAGGGGACAGGGAAAGGCGACGCUCCCGUAGCGCGGACAGAAACCGAGAGCGCAAGAGAAGCCGCAGCGGUAGCCGGGACCGUAGGAGCGAGCGCAAGGAGAAGGAAAGGGACGGCGGGGAUGACAGGAGCAGGAGGAAGGACAGGGAUCACCAUAAAGACAGAGGCACUGAGAGGGAGAGGUCCAGGGAUAAGAAGAGCAGGGGAGAGACUGACGACCGCAGGCACAAGGACGAUAGGGAAAGGCACAGGGACGAGAGGAAGGCCAAAAGGUCCAGCCGGAGUCGAAGCAGAGAGAGGAGACACAAAAGUGGGGCAGAGGAGAAGAGCAGGAAACGGGAGCGCAGCCACAGCAGGGAGAGGGACAGGGAGAGAGACGGAGAACAGCGCUCUCACAAACGCAGUCGCAGCAAAGAGAGGAGCCACCAUCAGCGAGAGUCCAGCAAUGACCAUAGUAGACAUAGAAGCAGUCCGAGCAUCGAGUAAAUGCUGCCUUGCAGCAAUAUUACUUGUGUUUUUCCUCCUCUUUUUCUAUAUUCGGCUGUCUGCUCUGUCACUUGUGCUAAAAAGAAGGAACAGUUGCACAUCGGACAUUUGGAUUUGUUGUCUAUGGCUGAUGUUGCUUUAUGUUUUUCCGCUAUUUCACUCCUCGUUAGACCAUCGUUAGUCUUCACUUGAAUUCUGGAAA